AUGGAAGGAGACUAUUCUGCCAAUCCUGAAUGGGCAGACAUCACCCCAAUUGAGCUGGACGAUGGCUCAAGCUCGGGCGCCAUGCCGCUGGCUACCAUCGCCUACCCACCCGAGUAUCUCGAGGCGACAUCAUAUCUGCGUGCCGUGAUGGCCGCCAACGAGAUGUCUGAGCGGGCAUUAAAGCUAACCGAGAAUGUGAUCUCGAUGAACCCGGCGCACUACACCGUAUGGAUUUACCGAGCAAAGAUCCUCUUUGCACUGGAAAGAGACAUCAACGAGGAGUUGAGCUGGCUGAAUGAUGUUUCAUUAAAAUAUCUCAAAAAUUAUCAAAUCUGGCACCACCGUCAAGUCUUAAUGUCAUCAAAAGCACACUUCCCAACCUUCCCACCCAAAGAAGCAGACUUCCUAAUGGAGAUGUUCGCCCAAGACUCAAAGAACUACCACGUAUGGACCUAUCGCCACUGGCUUGUGCGCCACUUCCAGCUCUGGGACGAGCCCCGCGAGCUAGAAGACGUGGAAGCUCUUCUAAAAGCCGACGUGCGCAACAACUCCGCCUGGAACCACAGGUACAUGCUGCGCUUCGGACCGCGGGACACCUCCUCGCCAGACGCGGGGAUGGUGAAUGCAGGCGAUAUGAGCACGGCGCCGGCCGACAAGGGCCGGCUGCCACUGGUCGAUGAGGACGUUAUCGAUGGCGAGCUGAAGUUCGCGCAGGAGGCUAUUCUGCGCGCGCCGGAGAAUCGGAGUCCGUGGUGGUAUGCGCGGGGUGUGUUGAGGGCUGCUGGGAGGGAGCUUGGAGAGUGGGAGAAGUUUGUUGCGGGCUUCGUUUCGGAAGGUGCCGUUAAGAGUUCGCAUGCUGUUGAGUGGUUGGCUGAUUUGCAUGCGGGGAACGGCGCGGAGGCGGAGGCGGUUCGUAUGUUCACUAUGCUCAAGGAGAAGUAUGAUCCUAUUCGGAAGAAUUAUUGGGAUUAUCGCAUUCGGAAAUUGGAUCAGAUUGUGGCUUGA